AAAAAAAUAAAAAAAAAAAAUUGGGAAAAUCUAUUAUUUUUUUUUUGUACCAGCAUCGCCCCUUGAAUGUUUAUUAUUUUUUUUUCCUCUUUCCUUUCUCCCCUUUCCAAAAUCAUGGCUGUGCCAACUGAAUCUACAACAUCACCUGCUGAACAUGAUGUUAUGAUCGAUCCUACCACUGGGAAAACUGUACCUAUGAAGAACGGUAAACCUUGUCGAGUAUGUGUGGAUUUUAAGACUUGGUCUCGUUUAGAAAAGCAAAAAGCCAAGACAGAUUCAGCAAAGAAUGGUGACAAAGCAACUGCAGAUACAGUGAAACCAACAACAACAGCAGCAACAGCAGCAACAGCAACAGCAGCAGCAACAAAGGACAACAAUGAUAUGGAAGAGGUAACGGAUGAAUGGCGCAAACAUAACUGUCCUCCUGAUGUAGAAACUCUCGGUAAUGCUACUUGGACUCUAUUACAUACAACGGCAGCUUAUUAUCCAGAAAAACCUGCACCAUCACAAAGAGAAUCUAUGAAAACUUUUAUUGAAUCAUUUGCUCAACAUUAUCCUUGUUGGUUCUGCAAGAAUGAUUUCCAACAAGCUAUGAUGAUAGAACCUGUGCAAGUAGAAAGUCGUGAACGACUUAGUCAAUGGUUAUGUAGAAGACAUAAUGAAGUGAAUAUAAAAUUGAAUAAACCUGUAUUCGAUUGUACCAAGGUAUUUGAACGAUGGCUCAAUGGACCUCCCGAUGGCAAAUGCGAUCAAUAAAGUUUUUAUGUUUCCCACACUCUCACCGCAUUAGAAUAGUUUUUUUUUUCUCCGCAUUUUUUUUUUUUUUUGCUUCUCU